ACAACAACGACAACAACGACAACAACGACAAAAGAAACAGCAACACCCGUUUCUUCAUCGUUGUGUAGUGCAGAAAUUCCUCUCAGGGUUGCUUGUUACUGUACGGCGCCAUGUAAAAAUUCCACUGACGAUUUGGACAUGGUGAAUCCCCGCUCCUCAGCAGCUCGAGCAAUGUCACUCUUCAACAAUUCCCCAUCCUCUUCGCACUUGGCGACGUUGGCACACCCGAUAUCAGCAGCUUCUGCAGCACCACAGGCAUCUCAAACACUUACUGUUGGUUCUUCUCCUAUGUUGUGCCCCAUGACUUCAGCAGUUUCCUCUUCGUCGCCGUCCAUAUCACCGCCGUCCCCGACGUCUUCUUUCUUCAAGUCUUUCCUCUUCGGAACUUCUCAACGUACACUCCGGCCAGUUUCAUAUCUAUUGCUGUUGUUUCUUCUGACAUUUUGCUCAAAUUGUGUGAACGCCAACGGGACUUUCACGAACUGCGGUGGACGCCUGGAGGGACCACAUGGUACGAUCCAAACUCCGGGCUUUCCUAGGCCGUUCCCUGUUCCUAUUCGGUGUCGCUGGGUUAUCCAAAUACCGCAGGAUAAAAAACUGGUCAUCUAUUUUACUCAGUGAGUACGUAGCGCUGGACCUGGCGGUGGUUGACUUCUCCAACAUUCACCUCCGUGUAGAGGAGCACCUGAUGGAGGCUCACGGCUUCAACAUCACGUACACCGUCAUCCCCAAGACCCAGACCAUCAGGAACAACACGUGCAGUGCGCCUGACUGCACCUUCCUGGGCCACUGCCUGGCCUCGGCUGAUUACAGCACAUUCAGCUGUGUGUGUUUCGAAAGAUUCCACGGAAAGAAAUGUGACAAAGGCCCAAAAUGUGACCCAGACAACGGACUCAACAGCAGGUGCAAGAAUGGAGGGAGAUGCAGAGAUCUAUCAUGUGGCUGUAGAGCUGCCAGUGAAGGAACAAACUGACUUGGAUGUCAACUUAGAUAAAUUACUUGACAACUGGGACAAAAUCCAAAGACAGCUCCAGUACAAUCAGUUUCCGCUUUGUCAUUGAGAAGGAUGAAGUACCAAAAGCCGCAGGUGCUGUCAAAAAUUUGGUGAGGUCCGGCAAGUUUUUCGGUGUACUCAUAGACAAGGAGAACGUUUCCAUCUCUACGCACCCGGGCCAGUUCACAUGCGAGAUCACAGACUUUGGACGCAGCAUGAAGCGUUCGGUGAUGCUAGAAGUUCUGCCACACCCUCGUGUAGUGGUCACGCCUCUCACCAUCAGCGCACAGACCAACACCAAACAAACGUUCAGUAAACGCAAGUCAGAUUUGCCCAAACAACUCUAUGGAAGGCGUCCAGUGGACACAGGCAUUUGGCGGGUUUUAUGAUCUACAGAUAUGCCCAACCGAUGCUUCCAAGGGGACGCUUCUUGGAGUGGAUGAUGAUGCUGAUGAAGAUUCAACUCGGGUACCAGGAGGUCCGUCUGAUGGACGUGUUCGAUGACCUCUACGAGAUCGCCCAGCAGGCCAGGGGCCGGAUGUUUGCCGGAGACCUGGACAUCUCAGCGAAGACCGUGCACUCUAUCCUAACAACGGCUAAGGAUUUCCCACCGCUGGUCCAUCGGCAGUUUGCUUCUGAGUAAACGUGAGCACAACUACACAGCUGAUGGUCAUGACAUAUUCACAUUCCAUUUUGCCUCUCUUGGAGAGAGGCAGCAGAUGGCGAGCCCCAGAUGAGACGUAUGUGUCUGAUGUGUUUUCUUACAUACCACUACAAAAGUCAGAGGGAACGUCCGACAAGUUGUAUCCUGUGGUUAUUCCACACAACCAGGCUGUCAACAUCAAGGAUCAGUUUGCUAUUAGAGAAACAACAAUUUGCUUGUCAUGGGAAAGAGAAAAAAGGGAGAGUACAACAGGUCUGUGGGUCAAUAACACCUGCACAGUGGUGGAGACAAUGACCAACAUAACACACUGUCUGUGCCCUUUGCCUGGACACUUCACACUCAUCAUGGUGCCUGUGAACAAAACUGUGCUGGUCUCUGAAAGCACAUAUGACAAUUUGCCGUUGAUCCUUGCCUGCAUCAUCGCACUGGUGUUUUUGAUGCCAGCAUUAUUACUGUACCUCUUAGCCUGGAGACUCCUGUGCCAGGAAAGACAGGCCAUCCACUUCAAUUUCAUCUUGGCAGUCAUUUGCAUCAACAUAAUUUGCUUGAAAUGCCUGCUGAGCUCUGAAGGAGAGGUUUCAUGCAUCAUCAGUAAAAUACUUCUCCAGUUGUUCACCCUAGCAAGCUUUACUUUCAUCCUUCUGGAUGCGAUUCAAAUGCUCUUCAGCAAUUACAGUCGCAGUCCAGAGAGCAUGAAUGCGGGAUUGUUCAAGUUUUUGUGCAUUGGCUGGGGUGUGCCUAUACUGUCAGUGAUAUUUGUCAUUUUGAUGAUGACACUGUCUGGCUAUGACUCAAAAUGCUCAACCUGGUGUUGGUGGUCACAAGCUAAUCACCAUUUCUACAGCGUUCUCUCCUUCACAGGCAUUGUGAUAGUGGGUUUCAUUUUUGUCUUUGUGGCGCGCCUCAUGCUAGUGUCCCAAUGGAAAGAUGAAGUUCACUUCAGGGACAGGCGAAGAAAUAUCCGAGACAUAAUUUUCAGUGGCAUUCUGCUGUUUCUCCUAAUUGCUGACGUAGUGAUGGGGAUCCUCCAGGAAACCAACAGUAACUACAGUAAUCAAGUUGUCUUCCUUGUCAUAAAUGUUUCAUUGUCACUGUUCAUCUUGGUGAUGAUGUCACUGUUGAAAAAACCUGUACGCCUUUUAGCAAAAGCCCAGUGCCUUCGCAUCAAAGGAGAGUUGUUUGGGAUGUGUGACAAAGGUCCAAAUGUACUAAUCAAUCCUGCAAAUGCGGAGCAGCAUGCGGCGGAAGUGGAGCGGAUCCAUGAGUACUGCGAUCGCAUCGACCGUGAACGGUACACAAGCGAGCACAAACGUCAGCUUCGCUUUCUCCUGAACAGCAGCGGUUCCAGUGGCUCCUCUGGUGCUGCCUGUUCUGUGCCUAUCAUUGACUUCAGCAGCUCCAACAGUGCUGUGCAUAGUGCAGCUCAUCAAAAUUGUGCCAACGGUAAUCUUGAUAGUGGGAUUUCAGAAGGUACAGAGAGCGAGAAAUCAUCUAUCUCUCCUCCUCAGAACCAGCCAGCUAUUGUUGAGGAGCAGCCUCCUUUGACAAAAAGUGUGAAAAAAACAGAUGGUGUAAAACAUGGAAAAACCACAAAGAACAUGUCAGCUUCUAAUCUGCGAUUAAAAAAUAAAAGUUCAAGAAAGAAAGUGUGUGCAUCAUCGAAAGAAGCAGCUGCAUCCUCUUCUGAUGAUUCAUCUAAUUCGUUGUUUUCAUCUUCAGCGGUCAAACCAGUCAUAAAGUCAUAUGUGAACAUGGAAUCUGGUGCGUCUGGUAUGGCCAAAGACAAUGCUGGAGCUAUUCCAAAGAAACGAAUCCGAGCUUCUGCCUUAUCGGAGACAGAGUUGAAGAACGGUUGUGAAACAUUGCCUUUAACGGUGAAGGUUGUUGAACCCACAGAAAGUAAUGAAACAUCAGCUUACCCAGAUGAUGUCCAGGCUGAAAGAGAGUGUAUGUUGUAAAAAAACACUGAAAAAUUGUAAUGAUAAUGUAGUUUUCACUGAAUCUACUUUUUUGUGAUUAAACACUGUACACAAUGUUCAUUAAUAUUUUACUCACACUGCCAUACAUUAUAGACCUGCGAACUCUUUCACUGCCAGUGAAAGAUAGUUUCAUUCCCCAACACAAUGGUAAACAUUCUUUUCGGUAAUAGUCUAAAGUAGGACAGUAAUAGUAAUAACAAUUUCGUUUUCAUCAAACUAGGCAGUGCCUCCAAUGUUCAAAUUCGGAUUAGUCAAGAUAGUUUACUUUGAGCUGUUGUAGAAAAAUGCCUGUAAAGUAAACGCUAAUUGCAGAAGAAAUGUGAGGCAUUCCAUAUCACAGUAAGACUUGGUGUAUCAAUCUAAGCACGGAUUUUGUGGAUUUAUUAAUGGCUAAACUAUUAUUGAUAAACACAUUGAGACUGCACUUAAGUUCUCGAUUAGCACCUUAGCACACGGUAUUUUAGUAUGCUUUAAAAUAAUGCCGAAGAAGUUCAAAAUAAAGGUAUUUAUACGUAAGUGCCCCCUCUCAUUUACUUCUAAUUGUCUUGAAAAAAAUUGUAAACAUUGCAUGCCAGGGCAGUACAUGAGCCCCAUUGUGAAGUUAGGCUAGUGCAGUCUUAAUGAUUUCGUCGAAUAUUUAGGUUUUCCAAAGAAAUAUAAGAAAGCUGUAUUGAAAAAGGCAAAUCAUAUCGAUUAUGAGAGCCACUUUAAAAUGCUAUCUCAUUUUUCUUUGGAAAAAAAAUCAGUUUUGUAAGAAGAGUGCUAGGUGUGGAAGUUUGAAGAAUUUGAUCAAAUAUAGUUGUUAUUGUCAUGAUGUGCCCAUGUUUUCUUUUUACCCUAAAACCAAAGAUAUGUUUGAAGUUGUUUAAUUUAAAGGGAGUGGAGAUCUAGAAUCGGGUCAACAAUCAAAGACAAUUUGGUAAGUAAUGGUAUUAAGUAAUAAUAUUGCAUGGAAACAUCUUUGCUCAAACCCUUAAAGCAUUCCACCUGUACAUAAAUAAAAAUCAAUGUCCCGAAGUUACUUACAAAAAUGUGAACGAUAAUGAUCUUCUUUGAAAAAUAUAGGUUGUGCUAAACAGUCCAUCAAUCCUUGCUGCACUACUCACUACUUUGUCCGCUCUUUUUCACAUUGCUUGAAUAGAUUGAUUGUAUGAAUAAUCUUGUUCUCUGUCUCGGUGAAAUCAUAAGUAUGUUUUCAUUUCUUUUCAAUAUAUGUAUAUCUCUUGAUGUGUGCAAACCAUAGAUUGAAUAACUAUAAAUUGCAAUGACAAAUCUGUCAAAGCCUGAAUCUCAGCAGUUUUACUGAAGAUUAAUAUAUCAUGUAUAUUAAGUCUUAAAUAUUCUCUUAUUUUUCACUUUCUACUAAAUUUCCGUAUUUAUAGUCACAUGGUGCAAGAAAUUGUGGUAAAAGUAAAUUUCAACCCCCUAACAAUAGUUAAAAGUGUCUUUUGCACAUGACAUCUUGCUGACGCAUGUGAUGCCCUACUGAAAAUGGAGACCCAGAUAUGCAUAGCGUACUAGGUCAAGCAAGUUCGGAAUGGAGAGUUGAAUUUUACUCUUGCUAGAAUUUCAGCUUUAUUAUUCAACAGUUCUCUCUUUUUUCCCGUUCUUUGGAAUUUUGUACUAACUGAACACUUUGACACAAGUGCAGAAGAAUAGCAGAGAAGAACAAAGAUACAAAGAUGAAAGGAAAAUGCUACAUCAAAAUAGUUUGCUGUCACACAUUUUAAAUAAAAGCUUUGAUGGUCAUGCAUUUUUAUUGUCAAAAACAGGGCUGCACCUGCCUGUGUAUACUGGUUCUGUUUGAUACCCCUGGACUCAUUGGGAAAUACUGUUCAUUUUUUUUCCAGAGUUUUUAGAUUAAUAACAAUAAAUCCUUUUUAAAGUUGACUCGAUCCCAGUGUACGGGAUCAAAAAAGCUUAUCGUUUAUUGAGACUGGUCAUCUUUCUGUUCUACACCUGUACUUAAAUUGUAUGAAUUUUGUUAGUCCUUUUUCCAUUUCUUUUUAUUUUAAUUGUACUCAUGAUUUGUUACAAACAGUUUUGAAUUUUAUUUGUAGGUUUGCUUAUUUUUUUAGUUCACUUUUGUGAUGAACACAAUAAUACUGCAAUUUUAAUAUUUCUCCUGUAUGCAUUGAUUUUGUAUUCUAGCCUAGAUGAAGCCCUGUAGCUAAAUGAAAAUAUGCACAGCUCAUCCACAAACAUAUGCAGAUGUUUGGGCUUUAUCCAUGACAGUUGUUCUGAGGCAAACAUUGAAUGUGGUGGAUGAGAUCUCUCGAGACUGUAGCCCUUGUUAGCAUUUUUAAGGGACUUUGUUUGAAAGGUCAGGCCUACUCACAGAGCUAAGGACAUUCGUUAGUCUUAUAAAGAAUACGGAGACAUAAAAAUUUAUGUUGUUUCUUUUUAUCUUUUUAAAAAUUUUAUUUUGAACUUUGAAAUUCAUCUCAUUCAAUUUAGUAAACACUCUGGUAGGGUAGAUGUUUGCGUGGCAAUAGUUUUGAAUAUAACUCUGACUGAAAUGGCAGCUGCUCGAUGAGGCAGCUUUUAAAGACAGUGCACUUUAGGGACUAUUGAUUAGCUUUGUAAUAAGCUAUACAUAUAUUUAGAUAUGCUCACUUCUAUGGGGUUUUAUUUUUGCCCUUAGAUUGUUUUCAGAAAGUAGAUGUAUUAUACACGGAAUCUUACUAGUAUGGCCUUUUGAAAAUGUUUGAUUAUUGCUCAAAAUUGUGUUUGAUGUCAGUAUUUUGUGAUAUACCAUGCAGUCCACAUACUUAUAAGGAAGAGAAAA